AUCAACGGGACGCAGAUAAGAUAAGAUCGACGGAGAUAACGAUAACGAUACUUUACCUACCUUUUCGCAAGUCGCAUCUUUUUUUCUUUGGAUUGAGGUCGCGGCAUUGCAUAGCGUCCUCCCCUUCGCAACCUUCUCGCCUCUCCGCCGCCAUAUCUGCCAACAUGGGGAAGAGGAAGGUCGCCGCCCUCGAGAAGAUCGAGGCUGACCUUGCCGGCCUCCAAUACAAGAUCCGAAAAGACCCUGAGGCAUACGAAAAAGAGUUCAUGGAGAAUUGGCAGCAAUUCGAUGCUGCACACGAGACCUUCCUUGCCGCCCCAGUGGGCGCCGACUCGAACUCCCUCAUUACCUUCCGCGAACAGAUAGACCUGAUUGCCCACUGCGCCGAGCUGUACCCACGAAUAACCGCUUCCUUUCCCAACGCCCUCAAGGAUGUCUUAACCAAGCAUCAUGCCGUGCUUGAGCCAACCUUGCGCGAGAAGAUAGUGUCUAGCCUGACCCUGCUGCGACGCAAAGAUGUCAUCGACAGCAGCUAUCUGCUCACCACCCUGUUUCCCAUCCUCAUCACCACCCCCUCCAAGUCCUUGAGGAUGCUCCUCUACCAGAAGAUCUUGAGCGAUAUCCGAAACACGAAUACAAAGACGAUCAAUCACCGAGUAAAUCGGACCAUGCAGACCGUCCUCUACAACCUCGUUACUUCGGACCGCUCUUCCUCGAAAGCUCUGUGGGCCGUGAAGCUGGUACGGGAACUCUGGCGGCGCCAGAUCUGGACGGACGCAAAGACUGUCGAUAUUAUGCGCCAGGCCUCCUUAGCCGAUAACGAGAAGGUAAUUGUGGGGGGCGUGCGAUUCUUCCUCGGAGGAGACAAGGAGCGUGAAGAGUUCGACGAUGACAGCAGCGACGAGGAGACAGUCGACAUCAAGAAGGUAAAGCACGCGAUCGGUAUCAACAAGAAGACGAAGAAGUCGAAGAAGGUUCUAGAGAAGGCGGUCGACCGAGUUAAGAAGCAGGAGCGCAAGAAGACCGCGCCACACCCGCUCAAUUUCUCGGCCUUACACCUACUCCAGGAUCCCCAGGGCUUUAGCGAAAAUCUCUUCGAGAAGCACUUGCAAAACUCGAAGUCCAAGCUAGCUCUCGACAGUAGGCUUCUGGUACUACAGCUCGUCACUCGCUUGGUCGGACUGCACAAGUUGACCGUCGUCCCUCUCUACUCCUGGUUCAUCAAGUACCUAUCGCCGAGGCAGCAGUCGGCUUCAUCUUUUCUAGCCUCCCUCGCCCAAGGCACGCACAAUCUAGUCCCGCCCGACGCGAUCGAACCGUUGAUACAGAGAAUAGCGAACGAGUUCGUCUCUGAGGCAUCAGCGUCAGAAGUAUGUUCUGCCGGUCUCAAUGCGAUCCGCGAAAUCUGCGCUCGACAACCUCUAGCAAUGAACGAAACCCUAUUACAGGACCUGGUUGAAUAUAGAAAGAGUAAGGACAAGGGAGUUAUGAUGGCAGCCAAAGGCCUGCUCUCGCUGUACCGCGAAAAGGGGGCGGACAUGCUGCGGAAGAAGGAUCGCGGCAAAGAAGCGACCAUUGGGCUCAAGAGCGGCGAUAUACAAAAGCUCAAAUUCGGCGAGGAGCAAGUUGGCGAAAUCGAGGGGCUCGAGCUUCUGGCUAAGUGGAAGGAAGAACAGAAAAAGAGGAAGGAAGCCGAACGAGACCCGGCCGAGCGGGGAGAUGGCGGUAGAAAAGCCGAAGAUGACAAGGACGAAGAAGACGGAUGGAACUCUAGCGACUGGGAGGUCACGUCCGUAGAUAGUAGCGAUUCCGGGGAGUGGAUUCGGGUGAGCGAUUCGGAAGACGAGGCCGUGCCCGAACCCAGCCCGAAGAGGCAGAAGCUGAGCUCGGAGAAUCCGGACGAAGACGAUAAAGAAAACGCAGGGGAUGAGGCUGUGGAUUUUAUGAAAAUUGCCACGACUCAGAUCCUGACGCCAGCCGACCUAGCAAAGCUCCGGGAGUUGCGGAUGGAAGCGAACAUCACCAAAGCCAUGGGCGGGCGAAAGCGCAAGCAGGAGCUGGAGGCCCGGCACGUCGACGAAGGGUUGACGGCGGAGCAGAUCGAGGCGCCGUCCAAGCUACGCAAGAGCACGAGAGAGGAGCGGAUAGCGCUGGCUAAGGAAGGCAAACCGGACCGGGAGGAGCACAAGUCCACACAGGCGAUCCGCAAGUCGAAGAAGGAGGCGGAGGGCAAGUCUACGACCAACAAGGAGAAGGCGCGCAGAAAGAACUUCAUGAUGACGCUGGGCAAGGCGAAGGGGAAGCAGAAGCGGAGUCUCGUGGCGACGCGGAAUAUCCUGAAGAAUCACAUCGAAAGGAGCAAGUCGGGCGGGAGGAGGCGGAACGGAGUAUCGCGAUAGCCAGUGAUGCGCCUCUCGGCAUAAGAAGCGUAUGCUCAAGAGAGAGAUGGGGCAAGCUAGAUAAGGGCGUAUACCCAGAGCAUGUUAGGAGUUUUGGAUGAGGAGGUGCUCUCAAAAGCCAGUGGGAUUUUCCACGGACCGGAGCGACAGGAAACGGUCUACCAUCUUACGCGUCGUCUAAGGUUAUAACAAUCCACUAGCAGAUAUUCUACCCAAAUACAUCGGGAAAGGGGCCUUCAAUGCUUCAGUGGUAGAGCUAGAUGG